AUGGAGGGUCUGUCGCUGGCUGAAGGCUCCAGCAAACAAAGGAGAAUGCACAGGCGUCGCCCAAGAAAGUCUCCCAAAGAAGGCGAAGAGAAGCAGAGUCGAAGAGGCAAGCUGAAGAAGGCAUCGACCCCAGAGACACCCGAACAGGACUACCGAUUCUUGGAGAUUGUGAAGCUCGUCAAAAAGUACAUUCCUAUAACGAUAAAUGGUCUUGCGGUCGAGAAGAUUGUUCUGCUACAGUUAGAGAACCAGGAAAACGUUCCCAAGAAGGCAAAAGCAGAGAUCGUCAUUAACCAUGUACUCCGUCUAAUAAAACGAGAUGCCCUGCAACCGUUGUAUCUCAGUUUCAUGAUACCCCCCGCUGACCCCGACUUCCCCUUUGAGUUGGAUACGUUGAAGUUCAACUUGACCAUUCCUCCAAACUACCCCAAGGAUACGAAAGAGCUCCCAUCGAUCAUUGUUCUCAAUAGCGAUAUUCCCAGAGGCUUCAGCAUCAAUAUUGAAAGAGGCUUCAAGGAGAUUGCCACUGUGGCAAGACUGAAAAAGAAGAUCGAGUCUGAUAUUACCCUUGUGGAUGGGAGAGGCCUAUUAUCGCAGAUUCAAACGCUCAACAAGUACUUGGAAGAUUUCUUGAAGCAGGAAAAGAGACAGACAAUGAAGUUUGUGAGCUUCAAGCCUACAGAAAACGCAUCACCUGCUCAAGCUACUAGAGAAACUACGCCUGUUGUGGUUCCUCCUACACCUCCACCGGAACCUCCAGCACCACACAUCAGCAGUGAAACAAACAGACUCAGAAUCAAGUACAUCGAUGAAAUGUGCACGAAACUUGCCCACCACGUCAAGUUGUUCCACAAAUCUGCCAAGGAGAUUCGCUAUAAGGUUAUUGUGCCAGUGGCUGGUAAGAAAGUGCCAUGGCUUUGGAACUUCCAAAAUAACCACGCUGACAUCUUCCUUUCGAUUCCAAUCGAGUAUCCUGAUAUCACACCGACCUUGAGCAUCCCCACCAAUUUCAGCACAAACUUGCUUGUGGCUAAGAAGGUUGGUCUAGAUAAGACAGACAAGUCGUUGGUGGAGAUCACGCAGGAAGCCAAGGCUUUCGAAAAGAACUUCAAGGUGAACGCUGAGAGCUGGAUAAAACUGCAAGAGAGCUUGCCGCUUGUUGAUAUCGUCAAUUUUGUGAGCAACAAUAUUGAGGUUUUGGGACUUCCUCCACAGGAGUACCAGAGGAUCGUCCAGUUGAUGGAAGAAGUAAAGGCUACAUAA